UGAACCCUCUGGAGGUGUCGUGGGCCUAUCAGCGAAACACUGAGGAAGGGGGGCGCCCACUUGAUAACCCAGAGGAUGCCUUCACUCACUUGACCAUCCCACAAAGUCGCAUAGGUGUCUCAAGUAUGCAUUAGGGGAUUGUAACAACAGAUUAGUACCGGUAUACCGUACCACCCUAGACCAUACAAUGUAAGUUUCAAUGGAGUGCUGUUUCAGAUACAAAUACAGAAAGGUAAGAAACACUCCACAUAUUUGACCUAUUUCAUUAAAGCAAAUAGAACCAAAAAGUAUUUAAUAACGAUGUCAGAAAAAUUGUAUGUAAAUUAUCAAAACACUUUCCAUUCCCUGUGUUCCCAAUGAACAGACAAGAGGCUGUCUUUGUUGCACCAAGCCAAAGGCUUGGAAAAUUCCAUUGUGUACGAUGGGAGGAUACGGGAGGAGGGUUAUCUAUUCUGAUCCAAGAGACGCAAGCUGGUGGUCCAGGAGAUACGUCGGGAAGAGGAAGCAAGAAGGUGCGCACAAUCUGUGGCGCAGGCAAAACAAGGGCAGUGGAUGACAUGGGAAGGAGUAGAGAAGAGGAAGAUCUCCUGGAAAGAGCUGUGGGAGAUGGAGGUAUUCAGGGCGAGCUUUACCAUCAGGGCUGCCUACGAUGUCCUGCCUUCUCCAAAAAACCUCAGCCAGUGGUAUGGUGAAGACCCCACAUGCCCUCUGUGUCCGAGUCCAGCAACACUGAAGCACAUCCUGGUGGGCUGCAAGACCAGCCUCACCCAAGGCCGUUACACCUGGCGGCACAACCAGGUGCUAAAGUGUCUUGCAGCAGUGCUGGAAAGUCGACGGACAAGUGUCAAUGCCCUUCCUCCCCCGUCAUCCCGUUGGCAAGCAACAACACCUGUCCGGGAGGGCGAGGGUCAAGCCAACCUCACCCCCACAAGACCAGACACUGGACAGCUAGGCGGGGCACGGGACUGGAAACUGCUGGCAGAGCUGGGCCAGAGACUCUGCUUCCCAGUUGAAAUUGCGUCCACCAACCUGCGGCCAGAUCUUGUUCUGUGGUCAGCUUCGCUCAGGCUCGUGUACAUCAUAGAGCUUACGGUGCCCUGGGAGAGUGCAAUGGAGGAGGCCUACGAGCGCAAGAAGUUGAGGUACACUGAGCUUGCAGCCGAUGCGCAACAACAAGGCUGGAAAGCGAGGGUACGCCCAGUGGAAGUAGGCUGCAGAGGGUUCGUGGCCACCUCAACAUCCAGGCUCCUCAGGGAAAUGGGAGUGCGAGGGAAGGCCCACCGGCAGGCAGUGAAAGACCUCUCAAAAGCCGCUGAAAAGGGGAGUCAGUGGCUGUGGGUCAAGCGAAGGGACUCCACCUGGGCUUUCAAGUGAGUGAUGGCAUCUAGGGAGUGAUCUUGGGACGCUGGGACUCACUGCUGAACCCUCUGGAGGUGUCGUGGGCCUAUCAGCGAAACACUGAGGAAGGGGGGCGCCCACUUGAUAACCCAGAGGAUGCCUUCACUCACUUGACCAUCCCAUAAAGUCGCAUAGGUGUCUCAAGUAUGCAUUAGGGGAUUGUAACAUCUUGUCCUACACAACAGAUUAGUACCGGUAUACCGUACCACCCUAGAUCAUACAAUGUAAGUUUUAAUGGAGUGCUGCUUCAGAUACAAAUACAGAAAAGUAAGAAACACUCCACAUAUUUGACCUAUUUCAUUAAAGCAAAUAGAUCCAAAAAGUAUUAAAUAACGAUGUCAGAAAAAUUGUAUGUAAAUUAUCAAAAAACUUUCCGUUCUCUGUGUUCCCAAUGAACAGACAAGAGGCUGUCUUUGUUGCACCAAGCCAAAGGCUUGGAAAAUUCCAUUGUGUACGAUGAGAGGAGACGGGAGGAGGGUUAUCUAUUGUGAUCCAAGACUUGCCCAAGCUCGAUACAGGACCAGCCCAAGCCAGAGGCAUCUUUUUCUUUUGUGUUAAUGUGACCGAAAACAAUGGCUGUUUACAGAUUCCUUUAGGAACAGCUGUUGUUGUGUAAACAGGGAAUAUCCAAAUAAAG